AUGCAAAGACCACCAUCCCAACAACAGCAACAAACACGGUUCACCACCGAUGCACCAAUAACCUCUUCCUCGUUAACCACAGGCAAUACCUCCUCAACUGCUCUAAACAAAAAUUCAACCACGACGACCGUCGCGUCUCAACAAGUCUUUUUUGCACGCGUUGAGGAAGACCAGAAUAGAAGACUAGACACAGAGGUUGAGCAAUUGUUGAACUCGUUUAGGGAUGUGGUGAAAUUGGCGGGGUUUCAUGAGACCGUGAGGUUGCCCGGGAUGGAAUCUGAUAAAGUAGUCGAAAAAGACAAGUUUAGAACAGCGCUUGAUGGCUGUGUUGCAGAACUACGCGCAGCUACUAUUGUAAAAAGCUGUGAAAAUCUAUUCACUCUUACACACGACCUAAAAACCACACUACUUCUAAACGACACAGACACAUUACUACGAUUCAACAAACAUCGUGCUGAUGCUUUGAACGCGCGUAAAGCCAAAAUUAAACGAAAAAUUGUGGAAUUGGAUAAAGAUUUGUCGAUAGCUAUUUGGGAAAUAGAGAGUGCAUUGGGUGGUGUUGGAGGAGGAAGAAGAUAUUAUCAAGAUAAAAACAAUAACGGGGAUGAUGACUCUUUGGAAGUAUUUGAUCCCAUGAUUAUAUGA